CGAUCCAGAUCACCAGACACCAAAAAGCGCCCAUCGCGUUCGCGGUCUCCACGCGACAGGGAGAGAGAAAGAGGCGGCGACAGAGACAGAGACCGGGAGAGGAGAAGGGACAGGGACCGACGUGGAGACCGAGGAGAGGACGACAGUGACAGACGACACCGCCGGCGCGAAGACAAGGACAAGGACGGCUACUCGGAUAGAGACAGAGACAGAGACAGGGAAAGAGACAGAGACCGCCGCAGGCAUCGCUCAUCAGAAAGACGUUCUACCCGGAGAGAAACACAGCAACCAGAUGACAAUGCCGACAACAAGCGCAGCCUAAUCAAGCGAAGCGGUCCUUUACCUUCGCAAGGUGACUCCUUCGCUGUCAGCAUUGGCGCAGAACCCGAGAAACCCAAGGAGAAGCCGAACUUUGGCAACACAGGUGUGCUCGCCGCCCAGUCCAACACGGUCACGCAAGCCGACGGGACCACGGUUACGCUCAAAUACCACGAGCCACCCGAGGCCCGCAAGCCCGCCCCGCGCGACCAGUGGCGCCUGUACGUCUUCAAGGGCGACGAGGUCAUUGACACCAUCGAGCUGCAUACGCGCAGCUGCUGGCUGGUUGGGAGGGACCUGGCCAUUGCCGACUUGCCGGCCGAGCACCCGAGCAUCAGCAAGCAGCAUGCCGUCAUCCAGUUCCGCUAUACGGAGAAGAGAAACGAGUACGGGGAUAAGAUCGGCUGCGUGAAGCCGUAUCUGAUUGACUUGGAGAGUGCAAACGGUACCAAACUCAAUGGCGACAAGGUACCGGAUAGUCGGUACCUCGAGUUGAGAGACAAGGAUAUGAUUCAGUUCGGGUCCAGUACGAGGGAGUACGUGCUUAUGCUCCCGCCCAAGGAUUGA